AUGCUUGCUUCGUUUGGUCUCGUAGUGUUCGUGCUGCGAAGCUCACUCUUCCUAACUAAUCUGCCUCAAUGGCUUGAACAUGAUGCACAGCUCACCUCCCCUUUCACUGAUUUUGUUCAUUUGAGGGAGGGGGUGUACCUUUUUGAAAAAGGGUAUGACCCCUACUCUGGCGGCAUAGUUCGGCAUCCACCAUUAUAUCUGGCUAUUUUUUCUACAUUAUUGCCGCUCAGUACGAGGUUUGCAAGCGCACUAUGGGCGAUUCUUGAUGGUGUAGGUGCAUGGCUACUCUUGAAAAUAUGGAGGAUGCGGAGUCGGACGAAGGACACAUUCCAAGAGUGCUUGAUAGUCUCUGCCUAUCUCUUGCAUCCUUACAUUCUCCUACCGACCCUCGCUUUAUCCACAUCUACCGUUGACAAUACUUUAUUCCUAGCGAGUUUAUUCUUUGCAUCACGAGGCAACAAGUCGACCUCACUCUUGGCCCUCGCGUUUCUAACCUAUUCUUCCCUCACCUCCAUCCUUCUUGCACCGCCGAUAUCACUUCUGAUCCUCCGUAAUCCCACCUCUGCGCUCGCGGACCCAUCCAUGAGUCGACUGCCGAGGGUAACUUCCAUGAUGAAGUUACUUGCGGAGUUUCUCUUGUACCUAGCUAUACUGCAUUCUACUAUCCGACCUCACCCAAACCCCGGACUUUGGUGGUACUUUUUUACAGAGAUUUUCGAUCAUUUUCGACCUUUCUUCCUCGCAUGCUUCUCGAUGCACUUGAUGGUAUACCCUGUACCUGUAGUGGUUAAACUAGGUCACGACCCGUUAUUCGCUACGUUUAUACUGGAGGGGAUCAUUGCCACUUUCAAGUCAUACCCUACACUAUCCGAUCCGGGGCUCUUUACAGCCAUGUAUACUCUAUUCCCGGAACUACUACCUCAAUUACGCCAUCCCCUACCAACGGUCAUGCUUCACAUGCACUCUGCGCUCCUCCUCCCUCUCUUCCAUCACUUGUGGAUGGGCCAGGGUUCUGGAAAUGCCAACUUCUUCUACGCUUCAACGCUCGUAUUCGGUUUGGCAAACGCUGCUGCCGUUAUUGAUGCAUUAAGGGCAGGACUAAGACUUGGCUACGGUUCUCGCGAAGGUUAUGAGCUUGUUCAGCUGUAGGCUUCACUAAUGGCGGAACUUGGUUCCCUCUGCGGCUUGGCCUCAAGUCAAGAAUAGCCACCCAAUGAAAAGAAUUUGAUUGAUGGAUCAAGGUUGAAUACCUAAGAACUGGAGCUAUUGCAUCGGACCUCACUCACAUGCGCUUUAUUCGUUGUCGGCAUCCAAUAUCAAGUCAUGCCCUAGCUGUCGGCGAGUACAACGAAUUGUCACUAUUUGCCAUCCCCAGUGUACUGUAAGAUUAAAUAGCCGUUGUCGGGGACAGCACUGACUGGGGAAAGGAAGAAA